ACAUACUGCCAAUCAAAACUUCGGCUCUGCUGCUUCUCCUUCUUCUUCUCUCUCCGCCGCCUCUCUCUCCAAUCCCAAACCCAAUUCCUCAGCACCCAGGCCACUAGCACACGCCUUCGUCUCCCUCACCUGCGGUUCUUGGAGCUCCGCCGUCUCGGUCCCUCCCACUCUGGUUCGCCGCUCCGCUCUCCCCCCUUCCGCCGCAAAGGGGGGACACUCAUGGCGAGGCUAGUAGUGGUGGUUCUGGCCUCAGUGCUAGCAGUUCUUAGCCUCGGCCGGGCGGAGGCGCAAUGCUCGCGGUACGUCGGCCGGACGCGGCCGCAUAGCGUGACGAUCACCGAGUUUGGCGCCGUUGGCGAUGGCGUGACCGUCAACACGGUGCCCUUCCAGAACGCCAUCUUCUACCUGCGGUCUUUCGCAGAUAAGGGUGGCGCGCAGCUGUACGUGCCCAAGGGGCGGUGGCUCACCGGCAGCUUCAACCUUACCAGCCAUCUCACCCUCUUCCUGGAGAAGGACGCCGUCAUUGUCGGCACCAAGGAGGUGACAGAAUGGCCAAUUGUGGAACCUUUGCCAUCAUACGGCCAAGGCAUCGAUCUUCCAGGUGCAAGGCAUCGCAGCUUAAUAAAUGGGCACAAUGUUACUGAUGUUGUAAUUACAGGGAACAAUGGAGUCAUAGAUGGCCAGGGUUUAACAUGGUGGAACUGGUUUCGCUCAAAUAAGUUGAACUACAGCCGCCCUCAUCUCGUGGAAUUUGAGGAUUCUGAAGAAAUUGUGAUUUCAAACUUGACAUUCUUGAAUUCCCCGGCAUGGGCUAUACAUCCUGUGUAUUGCAGUAAUGUGACGGUCAAUAACAUCACAAUUCAGACUUCAUUGGAUGCUCCACUCAGCGAUGGAAUUGUUCCAGAUUCGUGCUCAAAUGUGUGCAUUGAGGACAGCCGCAUUAGUGUCAGUCAUGAUGCCAUCUCACUAAAAAGUGGGUGGGAUAACUAUGGCAUUACGUUUGGAAGGCCAACUUCAGACAUUCACAUUUGCCGAGUGGAUCUGCAAGCCUCAUUGGGUGCUGCUCUGGCAUUAGGCAGUGAGAUGUCUGGUGGGAUCUCAGACGUUCAUGUUGAUCACCUUCAUAUCCAUGCUUCAUCCAAAGGUGUCUCUUUCAGAACUGCACCAGGACGUGGAGGUUAUAUAAGAGAUGUGAUAAUAUCAGAUGUCCAAAUGGAAGAUGUCCAUGUGGCCAUUGAGUUCACUGGUGAUUGGUCGAGCCACCCAGAUGAGCACUUUGAUCCUUCUGCACUCCCUGUGAUCAGUGGAAUCACCUUAAAGAACAUGGUUGGGACAAACAUCUCAGUUGCAGGAGUUCUGUCGGGAAUCGAUGGUGACCCUUUCACCGAUAUCUGCCUCUCCAAUGUCAAUUUCUCCAUACCUGAUUCGGCACAUUCCACCUCCUGGUCUUGCUCCAACAUUUCCGGAUACUCCGAAUUGGUAUUUCCCGAGCCAUGCACAGACCUCCAGAGUCCAUCUUCAAAUUCUUCCAUCUGCUCCUCGCACUUUAGCUAUCAUGCCUUUGCGGCAGCGUAAAUGCACAGAGGACCCGAUAUUCAUUCUUUCCUGUUUCUGUCCAUGUACAAUCUGGAGACAUCUAGGAUCUAGCUUCGAUCACAGUCUUCUCCAAAUUCUUUCCUAAUGGGCGCCUCAAAAGAAUCAUCAUUCCCGUACAGUCAGCUUUGAGGCUCAUAAUACAUUUCAGUCCGCGUUAUUGAUGAGCAAGUGCACCAGGGUAUGGACCUAGGCAAGGUGUUUCCAUGUACAGCUAAAUUUGUUCAUUCAAUCUGUAAGAAAAUUUUGUUCGGUAGGUUGUGUCCAAAGAGUUGCUGUCUAUUUGGUCAUAAAAUAAAUACACCAUUAUUGAGUCAUCAUGUACAUCCUAUCAUUCUUGUGAGCAUCCAAUAGAACAACCUCACAUGUUGGCCUGGAA